CAGCGCCCCCAUAUGCCCGCCCGCCUCCAGGGAGCUCGCCUCUGGUUCGAGACCGCCCCUUAGCCCUGAUCCCACCUUCCCUAGUCUCUACCCCAGGACGAGGCACCCUCGCCCCUAUCUUACCGCCCGCCCCCUCUAGGGGGCUCUGCUUCCACGCGGGGGCGUCCAUCCAACCUCCAAGAGUCAGCCUGUGGUGUUCCGGUCUUCCUAACUUUAUGUCCGCUCCCAGGAGGCGACUCUAGUCCAUCAGGUUCACACCCCCUCCCCCCAACUUCUUGUCCGUUUGCUUCAGGUGUCCCUGCCCCACUUCCGAGGGUGUGCAAAAACCCUCUUUCCCUUCUCUUUUUCGCUGCUUAACCCAGCGGCCCCGCCCCCAUCUUCCCGCCGGACCCUUCCCUGUAGGGGGUUCCGUUCUUCCCCGACGGCGCCCAUCCACCCUCCAGUCUUCCAAGGGUCUCUGCUCCUCACUAGCCGCCCCUCACCCUGUCUUCUAGCUCCCCCUACCGCGUCCUCGAGUCCCCUCUCGGGCCUCCCGUCCUCGCCCUCCAUCCUCCGCCCCCAUGGUCCCAGAGCCAGCCCCUGCCCACAACAGCACCCUGGACUGGGGGUCGGGGCCGCCGCCGGGCCCGGGGGGCAGCGGCUGGGUGGCGGCCGCGCUGUGUGUGGUCAUCGCGCUGACUGCGGCGGCCAACUCGUUGCUCAUCGCGCUCAUCUGCACGCAGCCCGCGCUGCGCAACACGUCCAACUUCUUCCUGGUGUCGCUCUUCACGUCGGACCUGAUGGUGGGGCUGGUGGUGAUGCCGCCCGCCAUGCUGAACGCCGUGUACGGGCGCUGGGUGCUGGCGCGCAGCCUCUGCCUGCUCUGGGCCGCCUUCGACGUGAUGUGCUGCAGCGCCUCCAUCCUUAACCUCUGCCUCAUUAGCCUGGACCGCUAUCUGCUCAUCCUCUCGCCGCUGAGCUACAAGCUGCGCAUGACGCCCCCGCGCGCCCUGGCCCUGGUCUUGGGCGCCUGGAGUGUCGCCGCGCUCGCCUCCUUCCUGCCGCUGCUCCUGGGCUGGCACGAGCUGGGCCGCGCGCGGGCCCCUGCCCCGGGCCAGUGCCGCCUGCUGGCCAGCCUGCCCUUCGUCCUCGUGGCGUCCGGCCUCACUUUCUUCCUGCCCUCGGGCGCCAUCUGCUUCACCUACUGCAGGAUCCUGCUGACCGCGCGCAAGCAGGCGGUGCAGGUGGCCUCCUUCGCCGCAGGCCUGCCCGGCCAGGCCUUGGAGACGCUUCAGGUGCCGAAGACCCCACGCCCGGGGGUGGAGUCAGCUGAGAGCAGGCGUUUGGCCACCAAGCACAGCACGAAGGCCCUGAAGGCCAGCCUGACGCUGGGCAUCCUGCUGGGCAUGUUCUUUGUGACCUGGCUGCCCUUCUUUGUAGCCAACAUAGCUCAGGCCGUGUGUGACUGCAUCUCCCCGGGGCCCUUCGAUGUCCUCACGUGGCUGGGUUACUGUAACAGCACCAUGAACCCCAUCAUCUACCCCCUCUUCAUGCGGGACUUCAAGAGGGCCCUGGGCAGGUUCCUGCCAUGCCCCUGCUUCCCCUGGGAGCACCGGGCCAGCCUUGCCUCCCCCUCCAUGCGAACCUCACACAGCGGCCCCCGGCCGGGCCUGAGCCUGCAGCAAGUGCUGCCCCUACCCCUGCCACCCAACUCGGACUCAGACUCUGACCCAGACUCGGGCGGCUCCUCGGGCCUGCAGCUCACGGCCCAGCUGCUGCUGCCUGGAGAGGCGACCCGGGAGCCUCUGCCGCCUGCCCGGGCUGCUGCUGCUGUCAACUUUUUCGACGUUGAUCCUGCGGAGCCCGAGCUGCGGCUGCAUCCGCUUGGUACCCCCAUGACCUGAGCCAGGCUUGGAGCUGGCCAGUCGGGAGAUGGAUUGGAUGGUACCAAGUUCCCAAGGCCUGAGGCCAGCUCUUGGCUAAAGCUGAGGCCUCUGCAGGUCUCCUUGGAGCCUUCUGUGCUCCAACAGGGUGCACUGAGCCAGCCCCCCACUGCUACUUCAGGUCUCCUAUCUCUGGGGAUUGUAACUGGCGCAGAUACUGUUUUCUCAAGGAUGUUCCAUUGUUGAGUACAACUUGUGGAUGUGUGUAGAGAAUGACUGGAGGACUCUGGGAGUUGGAGAGAAGGACCUCUUGGUUCAGAUUUGCAUGAAAACCAUUAUGUCCUUUGCACAGUUCAUCAGGCUCGGUAGGAGGCAAUGCCUCUGUCUACAGAGAUGGAUUAGUGCUUGGCCGAAUCCCUCGCUACUCAAGCCUAGUCCACACACCAUCAGCAUUGGCUUCACCUAGGAGUUUGUUAAAAAUGCACAUCCUUGCCCCACCCCAAAUGUGCUGAAUAGAAUCUGCAUGUUAACAAGAUCCCUGGGUGCUUCAUAUGGACAUUAUAAUCUGCGAUGUGCUGACUUGGAUCAUCUAUAACCCUGCGUAUGAUUUUCUGGAAAAAGUUUUAGAACUUGCCAGCUGCUCAGAUGGCUGUCUCUCUCACCUGGCAGCACAGAAAAGCACCUGAGUUUGGGAGUUUGGCCAGGCAUUAAUUUGAAUCUCUGCUCCACUACUUACUGACCGUGGGGCCGUGCACAGGUUUCUUAACCUCUCUGGGCCUUGGUUAUUCCAUGUACGUAAUGGGGUAACGAUGCCAACCUCACAGGGUUGUCCUGGGAGUGAGGACAAUGUGUACAGGUUGCCCAGCACCCAGCGGGUGGUCAGUAAGUGGUAUGUGCUAUUGUUAUAAUUCUUGGAUGUCCAGCCUCUGUAGGUUGGGAAGGCUAUUUGUACCCAUGCCCUUUGACGUUUUCCUCUUCCUCCUCAGCCCCAGCCCAGUUUCCCACAACCUGACUCUGGUUUUUCAACUCCUUGUUUUGGGUGCUGGGUGGGGACCCCUUCCAGCUCCCAAGCUGCUGCAGUGUGUCUGCUGGGAGCAGACGGGCAGCUGGAGGUUCCUUGCUCAGCAUCAGGGAUGGCUUUCCUCUACCCGGGCUUCCUUGGAUGUAGAAGGGAACCUGCCCAAAGAGACAGAACCAGCCCCUUGGCCCACCUCCUUCUGGCCUCCCCAGGGGUCAGUGAGGGAAAUGGGAAUGGUGGUCACCUGGGCCAGCAAAGCAGAGGCAACGAGACGCUGUUCCUGGCAUGGGUUGGGGCCACCAGCAGGCAGGUGGGACCUGGCACAGGGGGCUUGUUUUUGAUGGGUGUGUGUAGGCUGUUGGUCCCCACAGUUUACCUUUUCAGACUGGGCGUUUUGUAUUUUUUUAACCACCCCCCACCAAAAUUCCAUCAUCUCAAACUCCCUGGUCCCUCCGCUGUGGCCCGGUGCUCUCCUUGGUGCUGAUUAGACUUAACUCUGGUCCUGGCCUGGCCACAGAGGGGCCAAGGUGCCUGUGGGGCUUGCCUCUGCCCCCAGGCCUGCCCAAGUGACCCCCAAUAAA